UCUAGUUUUCUGCUGCAUCCUUCUAACAUAUUUCUGCGCUGACUUCCUGUUCGUUAAUCAGACAAAGUUGAGUCCUCAGAAGCAGCACCGGGCGCCAGAGACCUUUCUGCUAAUGAGUGAUCGACUUGGACUCAGACUCUGACAGCUUGGAGUUCUCUCUUCCUGAUGAUACAGAAAUGAUGGACACAAAGAGCAUGGAAUUGGGCUUCCACGGAACAGAACAGCAGCGGCGUCUAUCUGCAUCAAUUAAAGGAAAGCUUUUAGAACUAAAUGACAAAGCAGAGAAGGAGAUUUCAUAUUCACCUGCUGCUGCUAAACACAUCUGUCAGAGAAGUAUUAGAUUAGUUAAUGAAGCUCAACAAGUCCUGGAGGACUUCAAUGAGCUGGAAAUGAGAUGCAACAUGCUGAUGAUAAAAACUGAUGGAAAGUUCCCACAGAUCAGCGAAAAGAUUGGACGUUUUAAAGAAAUGUGCUCUGAGUUUAAUGUUAAAUUCCAACAAACUCUGGCAAAGAAGCUUCCAUCGAUCGGAGUGGGAGGACAAGAGGAGGCUGCACUGGCAGAGAUCCUCAACAAGAAACAUUCAUCUCCUUUUAACAGUGAUGUUCUGAAAAAGUGGAUUCGCUGGAAAGAAAGAGAAGUUUACACUGUGAACUUUUUUACCGACAUGAUAAACACCAAGAUUGUCCCAUCGGAGGAUCAUGUGGACAUAGAAAAACGCCAUGCAGAGUAUGCGGUGUGUUUUGUGUUCACUUCACUGGGAGCUUCUGAACCGUACCUCUCAGCUUUAUCUCACUACUUAAACAGAACCAACCCAGAUGAGCCUCAGCAUCCACACUCUGAUGAUGUGGAGAAGGAUCAGUGGUUUGCUGAUAAGAAAAUAACAGAUAAAAUGAGACACAAAGCAAGACUGUUCAGAGACUUUGCAGAAGCCAACAAGGAGAAGAAGAACAUGAGGUUCCUGACACUGAGUCUGACCGAUGAGAUGUUCAAAGGCUGCAGCAUCUACUUUUAUCAGAGAUGGUUCUCUUUUUGGUUCCCUGCCAUUAAGAACUUUGAGCCUCCUUCAAAGCCUAAAGCUGUGACAGUCAGUGACGUAACCCACAACAGUGUGACGCUGAAGGUUUCUCCUCCCAGAUUCAGAGCAAACAACAUGUACUACUGUAUUGAGUACCGUGUCUGUGGAGACGACAAGUGGCAGCGAGAGAUAAUGUCAAACCCUGAAGAGGUGACAGUGAGUGGUCUGAGGCUGGACACAGAGUAUGAGUUCAGAUGCAGAGCAGUGUUCCUUGAGUUGGUCGGGCCACAUCAUGACGUCAGUGGCUCCGUUAGAACCUUACCCUGCUGUCCUCCAGGAAAACCUCAGGUUGAACCAGAGUUGUCAGUCAGCUGGGAGGAACCGUCUGAACUCGGACCUGACGUCCAAACAGAAAACCUACAGAAGCAGGUUUUUAAAGUUGGAUUAAACAAGCUUAAGGAAAUAAAAGAGACUUCUGAAAACCUCGAACAGCUGGAAGCAGAGACCAAACCAGGCUGGAAAAAUCGAGUUCAGUCCCUGAUGGCCAUAAAAGAAAAAGCAGUACCAGGAGGCAUGUUUGAAUUAAAGAAACUCUUUCACCGUCCACAGGUUUCACAGCCGUCCACAUGA